AUGGCCUUCCAGGUCUCGAUCCCUCGGCCGAAUUUCGCCGUGGUGACAUCGGAUCUUUGGCCCUCGAUGUCUAGUGUGCUCGCCGCUCCCUUCACGCGAUCCGCCGCCGGCCGCGCUCCGACGGGCGGCGUUCGUGAUAUUCGCCAACAAUCCACUUUUCCAAAGCAGAAUGUGGCGACAUCCCAACGUGUGUCCUUGCCGGAGUGCCUGGACACGGUCUCACUGGAAGCAUUGAGAGCUGGUCUCGUGCACCGGCCUGCACCGCGUGGACUAUCCCCCAUGUUGAGUGGAGCCCGAUCCUUUUCGACCUUAACCCCCUUCCGCCUCAGCGCCCUACGUGCAGCACCCAAGAUUCAUGGACUCUCAAGACUUCAGCAGCAAAGAUUCCUGUUCGGCGGCCCUUCGCAGAACAUGUUGGCUCAGAAGGAAAAGACCGCAAACACCAACCCGAAUAGUGCAAACGCCCAGAACACAUUCUACCAGGCUCUUCUUCGUGCAAACAUGCCUGCGAUUGUUGUGGAAAGAUACCGAAGCGCACAGUUUGCGAGCAAUGCGGCUUCUGAGGCGAUUUAUGCAAAGGCUUUGGAACGUGUUGGUGGUGCCGAAUCCGGUGCUAUCGCCGGAGGAAACCAGAAUCUCAACUCGGAUCAGCUGCAGGCCAUCGGCCAAGCUGUUGCUGCUCGGUCUCAUGGCGGUCAAAUCGGAAUGGCAAACAAGCCUAACGGUACUGGUGCCAAGGAGGCUCCUCUCUAUGUCGUGGUAGAGGAGUCACUGGGCAACACUGUCUUCCGCUGGGUCAAAUUCCUACUCAUCUUCGGUUUCUUCACAUAUCUGUCUCUCGUCCUGAUUACCAUUCUGGUUGAAACGACUGGAGUGCUGAAGAACAUUCGGGGCCAACAGAACAAUGAGGCCCAGCCUGAAAAGCAGACUGUUCGUUUCAGCGACGUUCAUGGCUGCGACGAGGCCAAGGAUGAGCUGCAGGAGCUGGUUGAAUUCCUUCUGAACCCUGAACGUUUCUCCUCCCUUGGUGGAAAGCUCCCCAAGGGUAUCCUUUUGGUCGGUCCUCCCGGUACUGGUAAGACUCUCUUGGCUCGUGCUGUUGCUGGAGAAGCGGGUGUUCCCUUCUUCUACAUGUCCGGUUCCGAGUUCGAUGAAGUCUACGUGGGUGUUGGAGCCAAGCGUGUGCGUGACCUUUUCACACAGGCCCGCGGCAAGUCUCCAGCCAUCAUCUUUAUCGACGAGCUGGAUGCCAUAGGUGCCAAGCGAAAUGAGCGUGAUGCCGCGUACGUGAAGCAGACCCUGAACCAGCUUCUGACCGAGCUGGAUGGUUUCUCCCAGACCAGUGGUGUCAUUAUCAUUGGUGCUACCAACUACCCGCAGCUGCUCGACAAGGCCCUGACCCGACCCGGUCGUUUUGAUCGCAAGGUUGUCGUGGGUCUCCCCGAUGUGCGUGGCCGCAUGGAUAUCUUGCACCACCACAUGAAGAAUGUCCAGAUUGGCACCGAUGUCGACGUUGGUGUCAUUGCCCGUGGUACCCCUGGCUUCUCUGGUGCUGACCUGGAGAACCUGGUUAACCAAGCUGCAAUCCAUGCCAGCCGUGACCGCAAGACCAAGGUCGGUCCCUUGGACUUUGACUGGGCUAAGGAUAAGAUCAUGAUGGGCGCCGAGGCUCGCAGCCGUAUCAUCCAGGACAAGGAUAAGCUUCUCACUGCCUACCACGAGGCUGGACACGCUCUGGUGGCUUACUUCUCACGAUCCGCUACUCCGCUGUACAAAAUCACCAUCGUUCCCCGCGGCAUGGCCUUGGGUAUCACUCAUUUCCUUCCCGAGAUGGACACUGUCUCCCGGAACUACACCGAGUAUCUCUCCGACAUCGACGUCGCCAUGGGCGGCAAGGCUGCCGAGGAGAUGAUCUUCGGGCCAGACAAUGUUACCAGUGGUAUCUCAGCGGACAUUCAACAAGCAACCGAAACCGCCUUCACCCUGGUCACCCGCUUCGGUUACUCUAAGAAGCUGGGCAACGUCGACCUGUCUACCAACUACGACAGCCUCUCCUCGGAAACAAAGCAAGAGAUCGAAUCCGAGGUGCGACGCCUCGUAGAGGAGGCACGCGCCCGCGCAGCCAAGAUUCUCACCGAAAGGCGAAACGAGCUUGAGAUUCUGUCCAAGGCACUGAUCGAGUACGAGACUCUGACCAAGGAGGAAAUGGAAAAGGUUCUCCGUGGUGAGAAGCUGGACAAGGUGGCCAUCUCGCCCAGCGCGCCAAUCAAGCUGCCCGAUGCCCUUCAGGCGGCUGGCCUGAACUCGACACCAGCAGCAGAGGUUCCCCCCACUGUGUCGGAUUAA